GAGUUUGUCUUGUUCGGUUCAACUACCAAAUAUAUCUUGUGCAUAGAUUUUUAUACAUCGAAUGAGUUGAAGUGUGUAAAACAGAUAAAGAAAGAAACUUGUUAAAUAUAUAAAAAACAAUUAAAAUAUAUUAUGCUUUAAAAGGACAAAGCAAAAUGAAGUUAGUUUCUGUCUAUUUGGUACUGUUUGCAUUGGCGGUUUCUAAUGUUAAGUUUAUUUGUGGGGUUAAUAUUAUGAAAGAAUUUUCGGACGACGAUGAUGAAUCUGGUAGCGGCAGUGAGGAGGAUCCAAUGACGCUUACAAAAAACCGACAUGACGUUUCCAAAGUGGUUGAUGCAAUGAAGAAAAUGCAUAACGCAAAAACGAAUGAAGACUUAAGUGAAAGCUUAAAAACAGGUUCAGUGUUUGACUUGGGAGCAGUGAAUCUUAUGACAGAGGCGACGGGAGCCCGUCAAGUUAUGCACACUAUUGCUUCCAAGUUGGUCAGUCAUGCAAGUAAUAAAAUAACAAAUCAUGUUGGUCACAUCAUUAAAAGUAGUUUGGUCAAUAAAAAAUCUGGCGUAUCAUCAGAUAUUGAAAAAGAUAAAAGUUUAUCUUCGUCCACAGAAGUUGUUCUUCCAGCACUGUCUGUAUCAAAGUUAUCAGAAUCUGGUGCUUCUAAUGGUACAACAGAUGAAACGAAAACUACAAAUACUGGAAGCAAUGUUACACUUGCAGGAAAUUCAUCAUCACCUGUCAAUAAAACAGCAAGCCAAAAACAUGCUAUUCCUGGAGGAAGCUCCUCGACCACUGACACAGGUGGAGAGGGAAAGGUAGAAGCCAUGGGAGAGAUGGAAGGAAUUGAAAUAAAGAUUAACGGUAAAGCAAAUACAGUUAAUAACUUCACCAAAUUGCAGAAGGAUCCAGAAGUUCGAUACGAAAAAACAAAAUCGCUAAAAUUUACUAAGAAAGAAGUAUUGCCGAAAGAAAAAAGCCAGAAAAAGAAUCAUGUAAAAAACAACUCAAUUAAGAAGAGGAAUAAACACAAGAAGAAGAGAUCCAAAAAAAAUAAACUUGCAAAACAUUUUCCCAAAAUCAUACUUUAUCAAGGACCAAUUUCGAAAGCUUUAGAAAAUAUCCUUAAGGCUCGAAGCACAUCAUAUAACCCCCGCUUUAUCAAUGCUCCUAUGUCGUUUGAAGAAGCGACAGCUGACAUAAAGCGAAGUAGUAUUUCAAAGGAAAACAAAAAAGCGUCCAAAGUUUUUCGGGAUGAAGAAGAUGAGUCUGACGAAGAAGAAGAAGAGGAAGAAGAACGCGAUGAGAAGAAAGAUUCGUCAAAGAAGUCUAAGGUUGCAGCUAAAGCACAGAGAAAAUAUACUGUUAAAGGUUUUCAAGAUGCAAGUAAACCUGUUCGAAAGAGCACUAAAGGAGAAUCCAAGACAGAAAUUGGAAGAAAAAAGUUUGCUGUUUCUUCGAGUGGAAAGACACCAAAGCAAGGACCAAUUCCAAUCCUGACUAUCAAUCCCUCUUCUGCAGAUGCAGAUGAUGACAGCAAGGAUUCUGUUUUUCAUGACAUUUCUCCUAAGCUACAGGAACAAGGAAAGAAUUUGAAACCGUAUAAACCAUUAAUAGUACCAAACGACGAUGAACCGCAAACUGGUCAAUUUACUGAUUUUGUCAACCAAAUGAGUCUACCUGGGCCAGUUGCACAAGAAUUCGUCCCACACAAAAAAAUUGGUAACCGUCCCACACCGAAGAAAAGCAAAGGAAGUUUUAUAAUUGGAGAAUCACCAAAGCCUUUAGAAAAUCAACCUCCAGGUCCUCAUAGUAAAGAAACACCAUCAGGACCAAAUGAAUUUGAAUACCCAAACCCAGCUGGCUACACAACCAUGGGAGAUGGGGGUGCAUUAACAGAUCAAGAGGAGGAAGAAGAGGAGAAAGACAACGGAGAAUUUGAUUAUGGUAGACAAAAUAACACAAAUUCAUCACAAUCACCUGUUUUUUCUCCAUCACAACACAAGCCACAACCAUUGAAAGAAAACCCCGGUACACCACCAGCCGUCACCAACGCACAAGACUUUGAUAACGAAGAACCGCCACCGGAGUCAGAUAAUUCAUACCCAAAACCAUUUGGCUUUCCAGUACCCGAACCACAACAAAACAACUUGCCAAACUUCAAUAAUAACAACAACUAUAACAACAAAAAUCCUGAUUUCGAGAGAGAAACGAUGGAAAGAAUCCAAGCUAACAGUCAAAACAUUGCCUCGUUAGCCAACGAACUAAGAGAUGUCGAGUCCAGGUUAGAAGAAGUUGGAACAGCUGUUAAUGAAAUGGAAAAAGACAUAGUAAGAGUUGAAAAGAAACUAGAUGAGAAACGGCACAAAGAAGCCAAGGAAGAUUUCACCAAGUUUGCUGGGCCAUUGUCAAACUUACAAACCGACAAUCCAGGUGUCAAAUUACCUGUUGAAGUAUUACCACCUGGACGUUUCCCAAUUAACUUGAUGCAGGGAAGGAGACCCAACAAAAGGCCAAAAGUAUUGAAGCAAUUCUUUAUUCCAUUACCACGACCAAAUUCCCCUGCUGCAAAUGCGAUCGAUCAAGGAGCACCAGUGAAUGAACUCCCUUGGCCAUUGAAUAAAAUCGUGCCUUAUUUACUACGUAAAGUUGAGAAGUAUCAAGGUCCUGUAGCUUCUGAUGGACCAUUUCGUAUCAAAGCCACGAAGCCAAGACCAUGGCAACCUCCACAUCCAGUAGCUGACGACUCCUUUCCUCCAAAAGAACACGACAUUGAAUCUUUGGAAACAGAACUUGGUAUGAAGCCUGUUAGCAGAAUUCCUGUCAAGAAACCAAAGAUUAUAAUAUUCUCAAAAUCUCCUAAUCUUUUCGAUCUAACAGAAAAACCUUGCAACGAGCCUUGCCAAAACGGAGGCGAAUGCAUUGGAGGUAACGUUUGCAAAUGUCCACCAAUGUUUUCCGGUCCCAAAUGCGACCGUGCAGUACACAGAUCAGUAAUGCCUGGUGACAUUAUGGAUUUGAUGGGGCCAUUACCGUUAGAGCAGGAGGCAUCGCCAAAGAAAUCGAAUGCUAUCUCUUUACCCUUUGUUCUGACAGAAACAAACAAUAUUAAUGAAGAUGAGGACAAUACUCAUCAAAAGACAGUUGGUCAAGUUGACCAAAGCAAGCUUGUUGAUAUUCUAUCGCAAUUUGGAAGGCCAUUUCUUCCAGAGAUAUUAAAACGAAGCAAGAUACCAAGAAGAGUUUGGACAUACCAGAGGAAAUAAGAAGCUUGUGUAUAAGUGAAAGGUUUGAAUCUGUGGAUGCGAUUAAGACGAGAAUCUACAAAAAGCUUGCUUUUAAAUAACUAUGGUGCUGUGAAAUACUUUGAAUAUGAGAAAUUUGGAUACGAGGAUUAUAUAGCGUAUAUGUUUUAUGUACAUAGAAGUAGCAGUUAGUUGUAGGACGAUCAUUAGGCGAGCAAUUAAACAAAUUAUAUUGA